GAUUUUGCACCGUUUUGCACUCGUUUUCACACGCGCCCGACGCCCGAAUGCGUGUCUUGAAAGCCGCGGAGGGUGAAAUUCGUGAAAAAAAUAUCUACUUGAUAAGAACAAUACGAGAAAAAAGAGGAAAACCGCGUGUAUAAGCAAUGGAAGCGUCAAUAAACGCUUAUUCAAUCAAAAAAAACGAAACUUACGAAGAUGAGGAGGAGAGGAAACAUUUUCAGCGGAUCGUCUCCGCCUUCAAAUAUUACAAACCUCACUCGAUGCAGCGAGUGAAAAAGACUGAGACCUACCUCCUGACUCUGCCGGCACAUCAUCUGAAAUUACUUUCGAAGUAUCGCGACCACCUGCACGAAGUAAAACGCUGCAUCGAAAACAAUGAUGAUAUCAUUAAACUCAUAAUAAAAGAUGUGGCUCACAUUUUUGAGAACGUGAAUCCAGCAACCUCAGAAAACGAGAGUGUAAGAAAAGUUAAUCUGACGCUAAAUCCGAGGCCAGUAAUGGCUGAUCAGGAAAAAGUUCAAGCAACAAUUAAACAAUUGGUACGAGACUGGAGUACAGAGGGUACUGAUGAGCGGAAUGCUUGCUAUCAGCCAAUCAUUGACGAAAUUUUAAACCAGUUUCCUUUAGACUACUGUACAGCUUCGGAAGUGCAAGUUCUAGUACCUGGAGCGGGUCUUGGGAGACUCGCCUAUGAAAUCGCAAGACGUGGAUACACUUGUCAAGGAAAUGAGUUUUCGUUAUUCAUGCUCUUUGCUUCUCACUUCGUACUCAACAAAUGUAGAGAAAUAAAUUCGUUUAAAGUGCAUCCAUGGGUUCAUCAGUAUAUGAAUAACUUAAAACCCGAACACCAGACACAAGCGGUUUUCUUCCCAGAUGUGAAUCCCAGCGAUCUUCCAGAAAACGCACCAUUUUCCAUGACGGCAGGGGAUUUUCUUGAGGUUUAUAAGGACGACGACCAUUGGGACUGCGUGGCAACGUGUUUUUUUAUAGACUGUGCCAACAAUAUAGUUCAGUUUAUUGAAACGAUUUAUAAAAUUUUGAAGCCUGGUGGUGUAUGGAUAAAUCUAGGCCCGCUUCUCUAUCACUUUAGUGAUAUGCCGUUGGAGGAUUCAAUCGAGCCUAGCUACGAAGUCGUCAGAGAAGUUAUACGGGGUUUCGGAUUUCAAUUAGAGAAAGAAGAAACACACGUAAAAUCAAGGUAUGCUCAAAACGUAAACAGCAUGCUACAAUAUGAGUACAAAAGCGUUUAUUUUGUAUGCCGAAAACCCAAGAGACGCACAAGGGUGGACAGGAACGGUUCCGAAAGCAAUGGAAUACAAGAACAAGAAAACUAAGAACUUUCGAGACCUGGCUGUGUGUUGACUCACGAGGGAAAUCGCAGUCUUCAAUUCUAAAUAUUUAUACUCGAAACCUCUCUUUUUAAUAUUCCUUUCUUAAUUUUUAGCAUUUCCAUACUUUUUAUUGCAUUCGUUCCAUUUUGUUUUUCGUUAUGUUUUUUUUUGUCUUUUUCAGAAAGAUGAUAGUGGGAUAAAAAUACUCUGAAAAGGCAGUCUGCGAUUUCCCUAACAAGUCUGGCAUUUGUGAUCUAGCGUAAUAGCGAUAUUUUUUCGUGUUUUCCAUAAGCUCAUAGUCAUAAUAAUAUAGGUGUAUCUUACACGAAAGCCCCAGCUCGAAGUAAUUAAACGAUCAUGAAAAAGAUGUUUGAAAACCAAAUCAAGAAUUGGGUCUUGAUUUAUUAUUACUGCUGUCUUAAAUUAAAUUUUAUAAUAAAAUAACAUCUAAUUUCAAC